AUGCGGGAAGCGUUCACCCUGGAUAGGAGUCUCACUCCACCCAAAUGUGCAAUGAUGAAAUCCGUUGGCACACGGAAAGCAACACAUUUUGUGACAAGAAUGCUUGGGAAAUAUAAGAGCACGGUUGUGCUAUCCACAACAGUGAAUGUUGAUGGGCACGUGCUGGCAGUGUCUGACAACAUGUUUGUUCACAACAACUCCAAGCAUGGACGGAGAGCAAGGAGACUCGACCCCUCUGAAGCCACACCUUGCAUCAAAGCAAUCAGCCCAAGCGAAGGGUGGACAACGGGAGGAGCAAUGGUGAUCAUUAUUGGAGACAACUUCUUUGAUGGGCUUCAAGUAGUAUUUGGAACCAUGCUUGUGUGGAGUGAGCUUAUCACGCCUCAUGCCAUUCGAGUUCAGACGCCUCCACGUCACAUUCCCGGAGUGGUUGAAGUGACAUUAUCAUACAAAUCCAAACAGUUUUGCAAAGGCGCCCCAGGCAGGUUUAUUUACACAGCUUUAAAUGAACCUACUAUAGAUUACGGUUUCCAAAGACUGCAAAAGGUCAUCCCAAGACAUCCUGGGGACCCUGAAAGAUUAGCUAAGGAAAUGCUGUUGAAACGAGCUGCUGACCUAGUUGAAGCACUGUACGGAACGCCGCAUAACAACCAGGACAUCAUUCUGAAACGAGCUGCAGACAUCGCAGAAGCUCUCUACAGCGUACCGCGGAAUCCCGCGCAGAUCCCUGCGCUGUCCAGCUCCCCGGCGCACAGCAGUAUGAUGGGUAUUAACUCCUACGGCAGCCAGCUGGGGGUCAGCAUCUCAGAGUCAACACAGGGAAACAACCAAGGUUACAUUCGUAAUACAAGCAGCAUCUCACCCCGCGGUUACUCAUCCAGUUCCACACCUCAACAGUCCAAUUACAGCACUUCCAGCAAUAGCAUGAACGGCUACAGCAACGUCCCCAUGUCAAACCUGGGUGUUCCAGGCUCCCCCGGUUUCAUUAACGGCUCUCCAACAGGAUCCCCUUAUGGAAUAAUGUCUUCAAGUCCAACAGUUGGCUCCUCCAGCACUUCUUCCAUCCUUCCGUUCUCCUCUUCCGUCUUUCCUGCUGUCAAACAGAAGAGUGCCUUUGCUCCCGUCAUCAGACCCCAAGGGUCUCCUUCUCCUGCCUGCUCCAGUGGCAAUGGAAAUGGGUUUAGAGCCAUGACUGGUCUUGUCGUUCCCCCGAUGUAAGGAAGAGGCAGCUUUGCUCCUCUCCCUCUUCCCUUUUUUCCUCUUUUUUUUCAUUUUUCUUUUACAGCACAAAACUACUUAUUGUGAUGGACCACUAAAAAGAAAAAAAAAAUAGCACUACAAGCUCUUUUUGGGGGGAAAGCCAGGCCCAGGAAAUAAAAGGAACAUUUUUUAUGGAUUGGACGAGAUAGAAGGCUGCAUCUUUUACCUGUUUGAUAUUUCUGACACAACCACGUCAACUCCUAGAACACUGCGAACGAGAAUCAGCCAAGAGCCAGAGGACAAACAACAGUUGGCAGAAUGGGAUCAGAAAUGCAAAGUCUUUCUUGAAAGACGCGAAACCUUCCUAAGAUUUGUAAAAUAUUAAAAGGAAAAAGAAAUUGGCAAAAAUGAUUCAAGCUUGAUAUUUUGGAUACAAUUUGUUUUACUUUGUAGGGGAAAAAAGUUGAAGUUUCUAUUUUAUAUGGAGCCUUUCAGAUAUCAAUUUAGUUUAUGCAGAAAAAAAAAAAAAAAAA